GUAUUUAAGGGUGCUCAGAUCCUGCACCUAAACCCCCGGAUGACUUUUGAAAAGCUCAGGUCCUCUCCACUGACAAACAUGGGUUUGUUUGUUGCAAUCUUUUCAGUUCUCCUACUGAGUGGAUUUUGCAGAGGAGGACCAACGACUUUAACACCACAGUCGAGCACCUGCUGGGUCAUGGGCCCCCUCUUCUACACCUUUGAUAACUAUCAUUACAGCUUUACGGGCAACUGCACCUACACCCUGGCAAAGAACUGCCAUGUUGAUGACACGCUCCCGGCUUUUGAGGUGCAGACCAAGAACAUGAACAAGGGAAGCGUCCAAGUUCCGACGGUAGAGGCGGUCACAGUCAAUGUCUACGGGAUCAACAUCAAUAUAGUUCGCUUUGAGUCGGGUGUUGUCCGGGUGAACUAUCAAAAAUGGAAUCUCCCGAUCGACUUGAACAACGGCCAGGUGAAGCUUUUCCAGAGAGGUCUGUACGUCAUCGUGGAGACAGACUUCGGACUGACCGUGCAGUACGACUGGAACGAGAACCUCGCCGUCACCGUGCCCGGCCUCUUUGCCGGCAGCGUGUGCGGCCUGUGUGGCAACUUCAACAACCAAGCGGACGACGAUCUCACCACUCCCAGCGGCUCAGUGGCAGGAAGUGUUGCAGCGCUGGGGAAGAGCUGGAGGGUUCCCGGCGCCGCAGACGAUGCCAGUUGCCAAGAUGGAUGUGGGGACCAGUGUCAAAGUUGCCCUCUCAGUGAAGUGCAAAAAUUAGAGAAGCAAAUCUUCUGCAGCGCCCUCCCGCAAAAUUUUGUUCAACUUCUGGGUUGUCAACCCGACAUUGAUACCGAGAUCUUUACAAGCAACUGCAUGCUGGACCUGUGUAAGGGCGAAGCUGUGAACACGUAUCUCUGCAAGACUGUUCAAGGCUACGCUGAAAUCUGUCAGAGGUCCGGGGCCAAAGGCACAAAUUGGAGGGAAUCGACUGAAUGUCCUACACCCAUUUGCCCAGAAAACAGUCACUACGAGUUCUGUGGGAGUGGCUGUCCGGCCACAUGUGCAAACCAAAACACUCCCACAAAAUGUAACGCCACCUGUGUGGAGACGUGUGUCUGUGAUGACGGCUUCAUACUCAGCGGCACCAAGUGCGUCCCCACAGCUCAGUGCGGUUGCAUGUAUGAGGGUCACUAUGUGGAAGCCGGAGGCUCCUUCUGGGGCGGAGAGGACUGCACCAACCGCUACACAUGCUCCGCUGGUGGAGGAUUGUCCUCCAGUAAGACCAGCUGUCCCGCUGGGCAGCAGUGCCAAGUGGUGGAAGGAAUCAGAGGUUGCUACGCUGUUAACUACGCCACAUGUAUGGUAUCUGGUGACCCACAUUUUGUGACCUUUGAUGGGGAUCGCUACAACUUCCAGGGCACUUGUGCGUAUCAGAUGGCUGCCGUCCUUUCCAAUCAAACCACACUGGAACAUUUUAGCGUUGUGUUGCAGAAUCAGGGUCAAAAUAAGGAGAUUGGGUCUGUUGUCCAGCUGGUAGAGGUCAAAGUGGACGAAUACACAAUCGUCAUAAGCAAAGACAUCCCUGGCGCUGUUAUGGUAAAUGGCGAGCUCUCCAACAUCCCUUUGAGGCUGAACAGCAAUAAAAUCAAUCUUUACCCAAGUGGUUGGUUUGCUGUUAUAGAGUUGGACUCCGGAGUAAAAGUUUACUAUGACUGGAACAGUGUAGCAGUCAUCACUGUCCCCAGUGCAUAUAUGGGCGCAAUGCAAGGUCUUUGUGGCAAUUACAACCUCAACCCCAAAGAUGACAUGCAGAUGAGAGAUGGGAAACAAGCCACCAGUUCUGAAGAGCUUGGUCAAAGCUGGAACGUAGCCACAUUCCCUGGCUGCGUGGACGGCUGCAGCGGCCCCUGCCCCGGCUGUGACGCCACUCAGAAACAAACCUACAACACUAACAGUUACUGUGGCCUCAUCAGCGACCCCGCAGGCCCGUUCCGUGACUGCCACUCCAUGGUCGACCCAGCGGGCUUCCUCAGCGACUGCUUGUACGACGUCUGUCUUUACCAGGGCAGCGGUAACAUGCAGUGCAAGACUUUGACCGCCUACACGGCCGCCUGCCAGCUGAAAGGUGCCACAGUGUACUCCUGGAGGGCAGCUCAGUUCUGUGAUCGUCAGUGUCCAUCAAAUAGCCACUAUGUGCUCUGUGGCAGCAACAGCCUCAAGUCAUGUCAGAAAGAGCCAAACUAUGGCGCUCCGUGCAUGGAGGGAUGUGUGUGUGAUGAGGGCUACCUGCUGAGUGCGGGUGAAUGUUUGCCUGCCGACCAAUGUGGCUGCACGUUUGAGGGGAAAUACUAUGCGCACGGACAGGUCUUUUACCCUGAUGCUCUUUGCCAACAGAAAUGCACCUGUAACGGCACAAUGCAGUGUGAGCAGUCCUCUUGUGGCAAAAAUGAGAAGUGUGAGAUGAAGAAUAACGUGAGAUCAUGUCAGCCUUUGAGAAACGGACUUUGCUCCAUCUCUGGAGAUCCACAUUACAACACCUUUGAUAACACCACCUACGACUUCCAAGGCACCUGCACCUACGUCGCCGCUGAAAGCUGCCACCUGAGCGGCACGCAGCUUCCCACGUUCUCUGUUGCGGUGGAGAAUGAGAAGUGGUAUGAUUUAUCUGAUAACCCCAAGGUUUCAGUGACAAAAAUGGUAGCGGUGGAUGUUUACGGAACAGUCUUGAUCCUUCGCAAUAAUGAUAUUAAUAUGGUUUGGGUAAAUGGGAUCCUAUAUCGCCUCCCGCUAAACCUCAACAAUGGUGCAGUGCAGGUUUAUCAGGAUGGGGAUAAUGAUGUCAUAAGUACCGACUUUGGUCUAAGGGUCACAUAUGAUCUGGUCUACCACGUAACUAUCACUGUCCCCGGAAACUACAUUGAAAGAACAUGUGGCCUGUGCGGCAAUUUUAAUGAUGACAAAGCAGAUGAGUUCCAGCUGCCGGAUGGAAAUUUGACCAAGGACUUCCAGACGUUCGGAGCGGCGUGGAAAGUGCCCGUGCCUGGAGCGGUCUGUGAAGAUGGCUGUAUUGGCGACCAGUGCCCCAAAUGUGACGUUUCUAAAGAAGCUGCGAUAAAGGCAAAGUGCUCAAUUAUCCAAGACACCAAAGGUCCAUUUGCCGCUUGCCAUGAUGUCCUUGAUCCCACCUCCUACUUACGCGAUUGUGUAUAUGAUGUUUGCAUGUCUAAUAAUGAGGAAAGCAUGCUGUGUCACAGUAUCACUGCAUACAUGUCAGACUGCCAGGGGCUGGGCGUGAAUAUUGGGAACUGGAGAAAUGCUUCUUUCUGCCCUUUCACAUGCAGUGCUGGCAGCCAUUAUGCCACCUGUGCAAUCCCUUGUAUGUCUUCAUGUCCUGGUCUCAAAGGCAUUGUCACAUGCACAAAGACUUGUUCUGAGGGUUGUGUCUGUGAUAAAGACUACCUCUACAAUGGAACUGGCUGCGUGCGCAGUGACCAGUGCAGCUGCUAUUACCAAGGCCAAACCUACAUGAUUGGAGAUCCCAUUAUAACAGAUGACUGUCACAGGAUUAACACUUGUCAGGCCUCUGGAGUAGUGCUGUCACAAAACAUGUCCUGCAACUCCAAUGAGAGAUGCCUGGUUGAGAAAGGCGUGAUGGGCUGCCACCCGAUACGUUGCCGUCUGGGCGCCAAUGGGACCCUCACUGAAUUCAAUGGUACGGCUGGUUUGAUUACAGUGCCAGGAGCCUAUGAGAUCAUCAAGAGCUGUGAUGUCAGUUCAACAUCCGGCUGGUUCAGGGUGGUGGUGAAGUUGGAAACGUGCACUCCUGGUGUCAACACAAUUGUAGCUGUUUAUGUGUUCUCCAAUGAAAGGAUGAUCACGGUCAACAGCAAACAUGACAUCUGGAUCAAUGGAAGACCGUUGACUCAAACCACUUUCUCCCAGGACAAUCUGAAAUUGGUUGUUUCUGACAAUACCGUGACAAUUAGCAGUUCCAACCUUCAGGUGCUCUUUAGUUCAACUAAUGAUCUCACGAUUAAUGUCAGUGACAACGCAUCGGUAUGUGGGGCAUGUGGAGCGAUAAAGCCUCCUCCCGCAAAGCAAAGAGGCCUGAAAGAAAAAACACUGGUCUCUUUUCUUGGGACGGGAUCUGCGUCACUGAACAUUGGUCAGUGGACGGCUCCUGAUUUCCCCCAAUGUGGUUUUUAAAUUUGAGUCCUGCCAGCUUUCUAUCAACUUCAUUAAUCAACACCCUUCAGCACAUC